AGUCCUAUGCUGUUUCGUGCACAGGGUGUGUUUCCAGACAACAAGCUACGACUCCAGAAGUUUGGAAAGUAUAUACAUCGCGCGGUAUCCAGCAGAAUGUGGACCCAUCAUCGAGAUCUCCCUUUUUCUAUCUACAAUACAAGCUUUGUUCGAAUCAUUCAUCAGAUCUAUCCACACCCUCAAGUCCAUCGAUACUUCAAACCAAGAACUACCUUGAAUCUUAUCAGCCAUGGCUAUUCUCGACAUUCUCAACAGGCCUAUGUUCAGUAGUCGUUUCAAGCUCCCAAUGCACAUUGUCCAAGCUAUUCUCGCAACUGUCGCCGUUGGCCUUUCUGUCCCACGACUCUUUGCCAAAAACCAACCGCGAACGAGAGCCAGCACCAUUGCAUUAGGCAUGGGUGCGAAAUCUCUCAUCUUUCUGGCCUAUAUGCUCGUAUCCGAACACGUCCAGAGUUGCAAGAGAUGGCACAGCUAUAAAGCGAACGUUAUCCUACACUGCCUAGAGAUCGUCUUCUGGGCUGCUGUCGCUUUCUUGGUAUUCCAGAGUAACUUGGACGUGUGUGUCGGAUACACCUGUAUUCUGAGCUGGAUCGUAGUUGGUAUCUCUGUAGUUAUGCACAUCUCUGAGCAAUAUUCUGCUGCGAUAGCUAUUCGUGAAUUGCGCGAAUACAAGAAGAUGCUAGUCUCGAGCAGUGGCGGCGACUUUGACCGAGUCGGAGAUGAGGAAGAGAUGGUAGCAAGAUCUCCUGCUCAACCCAAAGCCACACACCCACACGAUACUCAGUACAACCCUUCGUAUCAAGGAUACCAAGCAUAGUGCGUCGCAUCAUUACACUCUUACCACAUCACGAUCCUCCCGUUGUUGCAACAAGGAUUUUCGUCCAUCAGCUUGCGAUCAACCCUCACACUCUACUCGCACAAUAUUUCACCACUUCAAUCUCCUCCUCGAGCCAAUAUCGCAACAAGGCACUUCUUGAUGGUGCGGUGGGAAGACUUUUACACAUCAUCGCGAUUUUCGUUUGUAUCCUUCACAGUUCGGAUCGUUACGUUUUUCUAUUAUUCCCACCUAGACAUAGAACUUCAUCGUGAUGUCGCAAGACAUUUCUCUUAUAAAAU